UCCGUCUCGUCGAUCGGCAUUUGGACUGCGGCGAGCCGGCGGGAGCCGCCUCCUCGAGCGAGCUUGCUUGCAUGAGCCUAUCCGGCUGACGGCGGCUCGGACAAGCGCGGCGGAGUGCGGAUUCUCUUCUUUCCUUCUUGUGAGCUGCGUGCCUCUCUCUGUGUAGGUAGCGAGCGAGCGGGAAAUCGGUAGCUGCCUUCUGUUUUUUUUUUUUUUUGUUUUUUUUGUUUUUGUGGUUGUUUGAAGUGUAAAUGAGCCAUGUCGAUGCCGAAGGAGCCGGAGCUGGUGAUGAAGUUGCGGGGAGGUUCGGUGCUGGGGAAGAAGACGAUCCUCAAGAGCGAUCACUUCCCCGGGUGCCAGAACAAGCGCCUGUCUCCCCAGAUCGACGGCGCUCCUAACUAUCGUCAGGCCGAUUCGUUGCAUGUCCAUGGUGUUGCUAUUCCGACCAUUGAUGGAAUAAGGAAUGUUCUUAAACAUAUCGGUGCCCAAAUUGAUGGGAAGGGAGUAAAAGUUCUCUGGAUUAGUCUUCGCGAGGAACCGGUUAUAUACAUUAACGGACGACCCUUUGUUUUGCGUGAUGAGGAAAAGCCCCUUUCCAACCUUGAAUUGACGGGAAUCAACAGGGAUAGGGUUGAACAAAUGGAGGAAAGAUUGAAAGAAGAUAUCAUGAUGGAAGCGGCAAGAUAUGGAAAUAAGAUCCUUGUCACUGAUGAACUGCCAGACUAUCAGAUGGUAGACCAAUGGGAACCCGUGUCUCGUGAUUCUGUGAAGACCCCCCUCGAGGUGUACCAGGAAUUGCAAGUUGAAGGGUACCUUGUGGACUAUGAACGAGUUCCCUUAACCGAUGAAAAGGCACCAGAGGAACAAGAUAUCGAUGAUUUGGUUGACAAAAUUUCUCAAGUUAAUGUAAACACGGAGAUAAUAUUCAACUGCCAAAUGGGCCGUGGAAGGACAACCACUGGGAUGGUGAUUGCGACUUUGAUCUACCUCAAUCGGAUUGGAGAUUCUGGUAUACCUAGGAUCAACUCAAUUGGAAGGGUUUUAGAUUCUGGUUCUAAUGUCACGGUCAAUUUGCCAAAUUCAGAGGAGGCAAUUCGAAGAGGAGAAUAUGCAGUCAUAAGAAGCUUGAUUCGGGUUUUAGAGGGUGGUGUUGAAGGGAAACGACAGGUCGACAAAGUCAUCGACAAAUGUGCAUCCAUGCAGAACUUACGCGAGGCCAUCGCCACCAAUCGCAAUAAUAUUUUACGUCAACCUGAUGAGAUGAAAAGGGAGGCAUCACUUUCAACUUUUGUGGAAUACUUGGAGAGAUACUACUAUCUUAUAUGUUUUGCCGUAUAUGUCCAUUCAGAAAGACAGGCGUUGCGCUCUAGUUCUUUGGGUCGUUGUACUUUUGCUGAUUGGAUGAAAGCGAGACCAGAACUUUAUAGCAUCAUUCGCAGAUUGCUCAGAAGGGACCCAAUGGGUGCACUUGGAUAUGCAAGUUUGGAGCCGUCUCUUAUGAAGAUGGCCGAAUCAGCUGAUGGCCGACCUUAUGAGAUGGGUGUGGUUGCUGCCAGGAGAAAUGGGGAGGUUCUUGGCAGUCAAACUGUUUUGAAAAGUGAUCACUGUCCCGGUUGUCAAAAUCAAAGUUUACCAGAGCGAGUGGAGGGUGCCCCUAAUUUCAGAGAAGUUCCUGGGUUUCCUGUUUAUGGAGUUGCAAAUCCAACUAUUGAUGGCAUAAGAUCAGUCAUACGGAGGAUUGGUAGCGGCAUAUAUGGUCGCCCUGUCUUUUGGCAUAAUAUGAGAGAAGAACCUGUGAUUUACAUUAAUGGAAAGCCAUUUGUUCUUCGUGAAGUAGAGAGACCAUACAAGAAUAUGCUGGAAUACUCGGGAAUCGAUCGAGAGAGAGUGGAGAAAAUGGAAGCUCGGUUAAAAGAAGACAUUCUUAGAGAAGCUGAAACAUAUGGGGGUGCUAUCAUGGUUAUUCAUGAAACAGAAGAUGGGCAGAUUUUUCAUGCAUGGGAACAUGUAGAUUCUUCUUCUGUGCAGACACCUCUUGAAGUGUUCGAAAACUUGGAAUCUGAUGGCUUCCCUGUUAAGUAUGCACGGGUGCCCAUAACUGAUGGUAAAGCUCCGAAAAGUUCCGACUUUGACACAUUGGCGAUGAACAUUUCUUCUGCUUCCAAGGACACAGCAUUUGUUUUCAAUUGCCAGAUGGGCAGAGGAAGGACGACAACAGGAACUGUGAUUGCUUGCCUUCUAAAACUCAGAAUUGAUUAUGGUAGACCAAUUAAAAUCCUGUUUGAUGAUGGGAAGCAGGAAGAGGUGGAUGACGGCACCUCAAGUGGUGAGGAAAAUGGUGGUAAUGGUGCUGCCUCUACUUCUCCAGUAUCUAAAGAGAAAUUUAGCGAGGAACAAGGUCGUGCUUUUGGAAUAAAUGAUAUUGUACUACUAUGGAAGAUAACGAGACUGUUUGACAAUGGUUUGGAGUGCCGUGAAGCCUUAGAUGCUAUCAUUGAUAGAUGUUCUGCUCUGCAAAACAUACGUCAAGCUGUUUUACAGUACAGAAAGGUAUUCAACCAACAACAUGUUGAGCCUAGGGUAAGGCGAGUGGCACUGAAUCGUGGUGCUGAGUAUUUGGACAGAUACUUCCGCCUGAUUGCGUUUGCGGCAUAUCUUGGGAGUGAAGCAUUUGAUGGUUUUUGUGGACAAGGAGAAAUGAGGAUGACAUUUAAGACUUGGCUACAUCAGAGACCAGAAGUUCAAGCAAUGAAAUGGAGUAUCAGAUUAAGGCCUGGACGAUUUUUUUCUGUUCCUGAAUUGAGAGCAUCACAAGAGUCCCAGCAUGGAGAUGCAGUAAUGGAGGCCAUUGUCAAAUCCCGUAAUGGUUCUGUCUUGGGCAAAGGCUCCAUCGUCAAAAUGGACUUCUUCCCUGGUCAGAAAACUUCUAGCCACAUACAAAUUCAUGGCGCACCACAUGUUUAUAAGGUGGAUGGGUAUCCUGUGUUUAGCAUGGCAACUCCAACAAUUGCUGGCGCGAAGGAGAUGUUAGCAUAUCUUGGUGCCAAGCCCACUGCAGGAGUAACAUCUCAGAAAGUGAUAAUAAUAGAUCUUAGGGAAGAGGCGGUUGUUUACGUCAAUGGUGUGCCAUUUGUCCUCAGGGAAUUGAAUAAACCUGUCGAUACACUUAAGCAUGUCGGGAUUACUGGCCCAGUGGUGGAACACAUGGAAGCACGGCUCAAAGAAGAUAUUUUGUUUGAGGUCAGGCAGUCCAGUGGGCAAAUGCUUUUACAUCGUGAAGAAUAUAACACCACAUCACAUCAGUCGAGUGUCAUAGGAUACUGGGACAACAUCCUAACUGAUGAUAUUAAGACACCAGCUGAAGUGUAUGCUUCUCUGAAGGAUGAAGGUUAUAAUAUUACAUACAGGAGGAUACCAUUGACCAGAGAAAGAGAAGCUUUAGCUUCUGACGUCGAUGCUGUCCAAUACUGUAAAGAUGACUCUGCAGGCUGUUAUCUUUAUGUUUCUCACACAGGCUUUGGAGGAGUUGCAUAUGCAAUGGCAAUUACUUGUAUUAAACUUGAGGCAGAGACCAACUGUGAUCCAAAGGCGCCACAACCGCUGCCUGAUAUGAAGUUAUAUCCUGCGGCUGGAGAGAACUUAUCUAGGACUUCUGAUGAUAAGUCACUCAAGAUGUAUGAUUACGGAGACAUACUGAACCUUACAAGAGUUCUCGAAUAUGGUCCAAAGAGUAAAGCAGAUGUCGACUGUAUAAUCAAUAGAUGUGCAGGUGCUGGGCAUUUACAAGAUGAUAUCCUUUACUAUAGGAAGGAAUUGGAAAAGUUGUCCGACUGUGACGAUGAAAAGCGAUCGUAUCUCAUGGACAUGGGUGUAAAGGCUUUAAGGAGAUACUUCUACCUCAUCACAUUCCGGUCGUACCUAUAUUGCGCAUCGGCAGCUGCAACGACAUUUACGUCCUGGAUGGAUGCAAGACCCGAACUCGGACAUCUCUGUAAUAACCUGAGAAUAGAUUGAUAAGAAUUUGAAGGCCGAGCGGCCUCGCUAGAGGAUAUGUUGUAUAGUCCAUUAGUUUCCAUAUAGAUCUGUGUAUCAUUCGCUCUCCUCAUUGUGGACCUGUAGGGAUAAGAAAAAAGGUCUAGGAAAAAUGCAGUUUGCAAGAACGUUCUUGCUCAGUAUAUCUUUCCCCCUGGUAGAUGUACAUGAUAUGUUGGUGCGGAUGCUUAAUCAUAUAUAUGUCGUCGUCGUCGUCGAACAUUGACCUGUUAUAUUAUGGGAUAUAAUUAGGAAAAAAGAAUGUUGACACCAUUACUCAAA